AUGUCGUAUCCUGACCAAGCCAUCUCGGUGAUCAUUCCCCAACACAUCGAAGUUAUCCAGACCCCGCGCCUUCUAUUACGUCCCAUGCGCAUUGGCAACGACGAAGAUGCCGCGGGAGUAUUCAGUUUCCGAAGUCGUCAGGAUGUAGUCGACUGGCUAUGGCCCCGAGUGACGGACGCUAAUGUCGAAGCAACCAAAGCCUGGAUGACUGGGAAGAUCUUCAACGUCCCAGACGCAUCUGGCGCCGUUGGACGCACAUUCUUCUUUGUGAUCAUUCCCAAGGAAAAUCCUCAGUGCAUCGUCGGAGCGGUUGGAGUCAACUCGCUAGCGCCUGCACCCUCGGUGGGAUAUGCGAUCCAUCCCUCAUUCUGGGGUAAAGGGUACGCGACAGAGGCCGUCAAGGGCGUGAUUGACGCAUGGUGGAAGCUACCUCGGGCAGAAGGGAUGGGACAGGGUGAGAAACUGUUCGCAGCAGUGAACCACGCCAACAAAGGCAGCGUCAAGGUCCUGGAGCGAAAUGGAUUCCUGAUAUACGAGAAUGUCGAAUUGUUUGAGAACAUGGUGGCCUUUAUGCAUCUCGAGAAUCCAAACUUUGGAGGUCAAGAGAAGAUAUAG